CCCGCCCAGUCGCCCGCACAGUCUCUCUCCGUCUAUUCAUUUAUGGGAUUUUCCCAAUCAGUAAAGACAUUUCGUUAUAAUUACACCUCCAACCUAUCUAUCUAGAACUCGUUUCCAAUCUAAAUCUAGAAAUUUCGAUCUCUCUCCUUCUCUCCUCAGUCCUCACCACUGAAUUUCAAUUUCAGAGUCGAAAACCUAGAAAUCUCGAUACAUCGGUCAUGAAUCACUACCAUAUCUACGAAGCAAUCGGCCGAGGAAAAUACUCGACUGUAUAUAAAGGAAGAAAGAAGAAAACGAUCGAGUAUUUCGCGAUCAAGAGUGUUGAUAAAUUGCAGAAGAGCAAGGUUCUUCAAGAAGUUAGAAUUCUUCACUCUCUAGAUCAUCCAAAUGUACUAAAGUUCUAUUCCUGGUACGAAACUUCCGCUCACUUGUGGUUGGUUUUGGAAUAUUGCGUUGGAGGGGAUCUCAUGACCUUAUUACAUCAGGAUAGUCAGCUUCCUGAAGAUUCAAUACAUGAUCUUGCUCGUGACCUAGUCUUAGGAUUGCAGUUUUUACAUUCAAAGGGAAUCAUUUAUUGUGACUUAAAACCAUCAAACAUCCUGUUGGAUGAAAAUGGACGUACAAAGCUAUGUGACUUUGGAUUAUCAAGAAAAUUGAGUGAUAUAUCUAAAACACCUUCUUCCCUGUUGCCACAAGCAAAACGCGGGACUCCAUGUUACAUGGCUCCUGAGCUGUUUCAAGAUGGAGGAGUCCAUUCUUAUGCUUCUGACUUUUGGGCCCUUGGUUGUGUUCUAUACGAGUGCUAUGCAGGGAGGCCUCCCUUUGUUGGAAAAGAAUUCACGCAGUUAGUAAAAUCUAUCCUCUCAGAUCCAACUCCAUGCCUUCCUGGCACCCCAAGUCGCCCUUUUAUCAACCUAAUUAAUUCUCUCCUGGUAAAAGAUCCGGCUGAAAGAAUACAAUGGUCUGAGCUUUGUGGUCAUGCGUUUUGGAGAACCAAAUUCACUCCAUUGCCCUUACCACCUCAGCCUGCGUUCACUAAUAUGAUAGAGAUUUCUUCGAAACCAUAUCUUUCAGAACGCAAUGGUGAUAAGCCUCUGCAAAACAAAACCCCAACUAAAAGUCGUGAAAAAGAUUCAAAAGGGCCUUCCAAACAGGAUGAGAAUUCAAGAAUUUAUGACACACCGAUUAAGGGUGUUUCUACUGCUCGAAAAAUUCAAAGUAAGAUUUCAAGCAGAGUAGUUGAGGAGAAGCAGAAAGAUACUUCGAGCACUACCAGGGGUGUGAAUCUUCUAAGACUCUCAAGAAUAGCAAAAUCAAACUUACAGAAGGAAAAUGAGAAGGAGAACUACCGGAGGCCACUGCCUAAUGGUUCUGAGAAUGAUACUGAGGUCAAAAUUGAAAAUACAGAUAUGGAGCUUGAUUUUAAUGAGAACACUGAGGAUGAGACACAUGACGAAACUGAUGGGUCUUAUAACGCAGCUUGCGCCUCUGAAGAAAAAAUGUCGACUCCAAAUCAGCACCAGGGAAAAACAGAAGAGAUGGAUAGUAACAUAAACCAAUUAGAUACAUCACCUUUGGUUAACACGCCCAUCUCCGAUUACUCGAGAACACUUGAACCGCGAUCAUCUUCAGAACACAUUGAAGUUGCAGCUACUCCACCCAGUGCUAGUCCUCAACCCAAGAUUCAAAGAGUUAAAGAAGGUUCAGGAUGUGCCCUUGACUCUGAUACUUCAAAAUCUAAUGACCUCUCUCAGGUGCUUUGGCAUCCAUCUGAUCUCUCAGUCAGACCUGUUAUGCCCAGUAGAAAAGCUGAUAAAGGAUCAGAAGCAAUUCAUUUGCUUUCCUUUGAUGCAUUGCCAGCUUCUGAUUAUGUGAAAAUGUCUAAGGAGCAGCUGGACACAUUCAACAGUAGGAUCAUGAGUAUCUUUAGUGGGAACUCUGCUAUUGCUGAAAAGCAGAAUGUGAUCAGGUAUCUUGAGAUGUUAAGUAACAAUGCCGAUGCUGCCAAUAUCUUGACCAAUGGCCCAAUAAUGCUAGUGCUUGUCAAAAUGCUUCGACAGUCUAAGGCUUCGGCUUUGCGUGUUCAACUUGCUUCACUCAUAGGCUUGUUGGUUCGGCAUUCUACUUUUAUCGAAGAUGAUUUGGCCAAUUCGGGGAUUUUAGGUUCACUUACUGAUGGCCUCAGGGACAGGCAGGAAAAAGUUAGAAGGUUCUCUAUGGCUGCUUUGGGUGAGCUUUUGUUCUAUAUAUCCACUCAAAAUGAACACAGUAGAGAUAACAAUCCGCCAGAAUCUCCAUCUAAGGAAAGCCGGUCAUCAUCUGGCUGGCAGGUUUCAAAUGCUCUAAUUUCAUUGGUGUCAUCAAUUUUACGGAAAGGAGAGGAUGAUAUAACUCAACUUUAUGCAUUGAGGACAAUUGAAAACAUCUGCAGCCAGGGAGGGCCCUGGGCUGCUCGUUUCACUAGCCAGGAUGUGCUUAAUAACUUAUGCUAUAUAUUUAGGGCUGCAGGGAAGCAGGAGAGCAUGAGACUAACAGCAGGAUCUUGUUUGGUACGUUUGGUCCGCUUUAGCCCUCCUAGCAUUCAACAAGUUAUGGAUAAACUUUCAUUCAAGGACACUGCAUCCGCCCUUGUCAGGGGAAGUUCACGUGAACAGCAAAUAUGCUUAAACCUCUUGAACAUGGCCAUGCUUGGAAGCCAUAUGUUUACAAACAUUGGACGGUGCCUUCUUCCACUGCUGGAAGAUAAGAAUCUUGUUCCAAGUCUCAUGUCUCUUGUAGAGCAGGGAAGUGAAGUCUUGAAGGGAAAGACACUUCUUUUUGUUGCUUUACUUAGUAAGAGUGGGAAGAGAUGGUUGCCACAUUUCUUUUGCAAUGCAAGAUUACUAUCAGCAGUGGACAGGCUGGCAAAGGAGAAGGACAGCUAUGUGCAGCAGUGUUUAGAUGCAUUUGUGCAUGUUGUGGCAUCUAUUAUACCAGGUUUGCUGGAUGUAAUAACCGGAGAUAUUCAGCAAAUGAUGGGAGGGAGACGCCAGGGGCAGAUUGCUGGUCUUACCAGUCGAACCACUCCGAAGACCAAUGUGCAUGUUGUUCUACAUCUCCUUGGGAGCUCCGCUUUUAAGCAUAGGGUGGUCACCAAUCAGGUCCUGCAGCAGUUUGCUAGUGUAGUAAAACUGGUGGAGGCUCCUUUUCAGGGCAGGGACGACUUCCAAAUAACCAUUCUACGAGUUCUCGAGUCCUUCACUGAGGAGCCCUCUGUAAUUCUUCAAAGCGCCGAUAUUUUUAUUCGUGAAAUUCUUCCGAGUCUGGCUGUUCUUUACAAGGGAAACAAAGAUGGCGACGCUAGAUUUUUGUGCCUAAAAAUUCUUUUUGAUGUCAUGGUCAUUUUUCUGAAUGAACUACCGGAAGAUGAGCAAAGACCUGAGGAUUUGAAGGCAAUAUCCAAUAGCUAUUUCCUCCCUCUCUACCCCAUUUUAAUGGAAGAUGAAGAUCCCAUUCCCAUGUAUGCACAGAAACUUCUACUGAUGCUCAUUGAGUUUAACUGCAUCAAAAUUUCAGACAUUCUACAUUUGAAGACAGUGUCGCAGUGCUUUGAGUUUCUGCUUGGUGACUUCUCAACUGCAAAUGUAAACAAUGUCAUGCUCUGCCUGGCUCUUGCAUCUGCUCCAGAACUGGAAACUAAGAUACUCUCUCAAUUAAAAGUAGUCAGGAGGAUUGGAAAUCUUCUUGAGUUUGUGUAUGCAAAAGAAAUGGAAGAUUUUAUUGAACCAACGCUUCGUCUGUGUAGAGCUUUUCUUCUAUGUUCAGUAGGCAGUGAGAAAGGCUUCACCCUUACAAAGGAACCGGCUCUCUUAUGUGAUGGUUCUUCUGAGGAAAACUGUGCAGUUGAUCAGCAGCAGUGCAUCAGAGAUAUAAUGGACUUUGGUAGCAAUGUUGGUGUCUUGCUGGAGUUGAGUAAGUCUCAUGAGGUGAAUAUUGCAGAUAUAGCUUCAGAAUGUGUAAUUUUGUUGCUCAAGGUAGCUCCAAGGGAAGCUACUACUGGUUUUCUAACUAAUCUCCCCAAGGUUAGUGUGAUCCUCGAGUCCUGGCGCAGGGUUACCUCUCAUUUACUGGUGGAACGGAUACUGCAGGCUCUCCGUUAUUCUUGUCGAAAGUAUUUGUCACAAGCAAUGAUAUUAUCAAUAUCCGUAUCGGAGAUUUCAAGAAUUGAAGCAACUGUUUCUGAGCUCAGAAGUUCAAGCAUACCUGGUGUUGCUGAUGCCGCUUCUCGAGUGGCACUGGAGUUGCAGAGGUUGCCGCGUUGCUUUUGAAGUUUCAGAGGAAGAUGAACGUAUAUUGGCUUUUGAGGUCAUGAAACAGCUCUGUUUCCUUAAUAUAAAUAAGGAAUCAACAACCCUUAUACCAUGGUGAGCUCUAUUUUCUUUACAUUGGUACUAUUACAGAGUCCUUUUUUGACUCGCUUGUCUUUGUAUAAUCAAUCAUGUAUACUUUGUAACAUCAUUAAUAUGUCCGGUUCAGGCAUAUUAUUCAAGAAAGUAAAAUUUGUGUCGAUUC